AUGCCUGUUUUAUUUACCGUAGGUGUACCACUGGACUCUGUAAGCCGUGUGGCAUCACCAGGUGAAGACUCAUGGGGUAUCUUCUCAUAUUUCAAGAGUUUGUUCAAUCCAGCUAGAAACUCUACUGCAAUCUCAUCUGAACAUCUCCACGCCUCCACUGAGCCACAUGCACUGAGACUGAUAGGAGGAACUAAUAACUGCUCUGGACGAGUAGAACUACAGUAUGGAGACACAUGGGGAACAGUCUGUGAUGAUGACUGGGACCUGAAGGAUGUGGAGGUGGUCUGUCGACAGCUUCAGUGUGGCAAAGCAGUGACUGCAGUACUGGAGUUUGGAGGAGGGAGUGGCAUCAUCUGGCUAAACAAAGUGAGGUGCAGGGGCUCCGAGUCCCACCUAUGGGACUGCCGACAUGAGCCUCUGGGAAAAAAUGACUGUGAGCACAAGGAGGAUGCAGGAGUGUACUGCUCAGGAUUUGAACCUGAGAGCAGACCUGCAGCACCCCAUAACCUCAAAAUUCCCAAAGAACAGCCCACCUUACUGAUUGUGUGCAUUACACUCGGAGCUCUUCUGUUCCUUAUAUCAGUCCUGCUUUUUGGGCAGCUGCAGAGAAACAGAGUGAUAAAGAAAGGGAUGGUCAAAGAUAAACUUCAUAUCCAAAAUGCUGUGUAUGAGGAAAUUGAUUACAGAUCGACCAGACUGGGAACCUAUGCUGGACCAGGGAAAGGAAGCUUUCUGUCUGAUAAUCUGCCAUAUGACCAUGAGGAUGUGGAAGACAGUGAGCAAGACAGCAUUCAAGGUGAACCACUGGACUCAGUAGAUGCUGAGGCACCAGGCUAUGAUGACACUGCAUUUGAAAAAACAGAAAACUUGUCAGAGAACAUCCCCGCUAAUGAGCUACCCUACAACUAUGAUGAUGUUAAGGAACCUUUGGAAGACUCCCUAAUAGAUUCUGAUGUUUCUCUGAAGUUUCCCAUGACUCCUGAUUAUGACGAUGUUGAAGCUGAGCAUCUUGGUGAACAAUACUGGACACACCGUUUGGCUGGACUGAAGGACCAAGCGGGGAAAGAUGUGCUGCAGGUCAGGGUGAUAAAGGCUGCAGAUCGAAAUUUGCUGACAAGCAGGCAGAGUUUGUUGAAAAGUUGGAAGGAGUACUUUGAAGAACUUGCAAAUGGAGAAAAUUACGAAGUACCGGGGAUCAGCAAGACUGAAGUGAGAGAAGCUAUCAAGAGGAUGAAAAGUGGAAAAGCAAUUGGCUCAGACAACAUAUCAGUGGAGGCAUGGAGAUGUUUAGGAAUGGCCAUGAAUGAACUUCUUCACUUUAAUAAUGCAGUCUAUAAGGAAACUGAGUACAAACUGACCAGACAGAGAGUGUAUAGAGCACAGAGGAAAGGGAGCUUUUUGUCUAAUAAGCUGCCAUAUGACUAUGAGGACAUUGAGGACGAUGACCAAGACCACGUUCUAGGUAGGAAACUGACUUCUUCAGAGGCUGAUGACCCUGGAUACUAUGAUGAUACUGCAAUAGAAAAAGCAGAAGACCUACCAGGUCACAUUAUGAUCUCAAAGAAACAUAGGACAAAAACAUCCCACAUGAUGAGCUGCGAUGUUGAGGAACCCUUAGAAAUAUCCACAACCGAUCCAGAGGAUCUGCCUCCUAUUCCUGCUAUUGCGCCUAAAGAUCUGCUAGCGAAGAUGGGUCCUAUGGACGACCCGGAGAUGUUCCUGUUAGCUUUUGAACACUGUGACUUUGAUGCUCUGGGAUGGAUGAACCUGGGCUGCCAUCGUUGUCCCAUAUUUGUCCGGGGAUGCCCUGCAUGCGUUGCGAAAUGUUCCUCCGAUAAGCUUGGUGAUUAUGAUUUCUUGAAGCAACAAGUUAUUUUGUGUAAAAUUACAAGCUUCCUGGAUAAUGACUUUGCACUUUGUCAAUGGAAACUGGACCUGGAUUGCCCUGUUCGUACUUUGUUGCAGGAUUUAAUUAAUCUCAUUCACAGCUGGUUUGAGGGGGACCUGAUCGAGUGGAUUGUGGAGAAAGCAUCAGACGCCGAAGACCUGAGGCUGGUGAAUGGAAGACAGCCGUGUGAAGGGAGAGUGGAGGUGCUUCGUAGCGGAAAAUGGGGCACCGUGUGUCAAGCUGGCUGGGACGAGAAGGACACUGCUGUGGUGUGCAGACAGCUGGGGUGUGGGGAGGCUCUGUCAGCAACAUUCAGUGCUUACUUUGGAGAGGGAACUGGGCCAGUCUUGAUGAGUUUUGUUAACUGUGAAGGACAGGAGUCCGCGCUGAAGGACUGUAGAGCGGAUACGCAGGAUCUUGAUUACUGUACUCAUGCUUACGACGCGGGUGUGAGGUGCUCAGGUACUGGUGCACGUUUAGUAGGUGGCAGCAACUCCUGCUCCGGAAGACUAGAGGUGUUAUGGGAUUACAGCUGGAAGAGCAUCUGUGAGGCCAACUUUGAUCAAAGGGCAGCUGAGGUUGUCUGCCAGGAACUAAAAUGUGGAGCUCCAAAAAAAUAUCGAGGAGGAAUGUUUGGUCAAGGAACAAUUUCAGUUUGGGAGAAAAAGAUUCAGUGCAGAGGAAAUGAAAGAAAUGUUUUUGAUUGCCCAUCCUCAAAAACCUCAGCAGAGCGUUGUACUCAAAGGAAUGAUGUUGGCCUUGUUUGUGUUCCUUACAGACUGGUGAAUGGCUCCAGCUCCUGUUCUGGUCGAGUCGAACUUUACUUUGGCCAGCAGUGGGGGACCGUCUGUGAUAACUACUGGGACCUGCAGGAUGCCAGUGUUUUCUGCAAUCAAAUAGGGUGUGGAUAUGCAAUUGGAGCCCCUGGACAGGCUAAGUUUGGAGAAGGUCAAGGAGAAAUCUGGAAAGAUAAUCUUCAGUGUGAGGGAAAUGAAUCUGACCUGACAAAGUGCCCAGCUCUUGAUUAUGGACAAGAGGAGUGCACACAUAAGAAUGAUGUUGGAGUUAUUUGUUCUCUUCGGAAUUUUGGAGUCAGAUUGUCAGGUGGCCCCAGCCGCUGUGAAGGAUGGGUGGAGGUUUACUACAACAAGUCCUGGAUGAGAGUUGUUAGGAAAUCCUGGAGUGACAGAGAGGCCACAGUGGUGUGCAGACAACUUGGCUGUGGCUCCAGGACUCAAAGUCCAAACCCAUCACAAUACAAAAGGGGAAAUAGAACUGCAUGUCUAAAAGGCCUUCAGUGCUCAGGGAGUGAAGAACAUCUGGGGAACUGUAGCCUUCCACAGGAAUUCAAAUGUGGAGACAAUAUUGAUGCAGCAGUCCUAUGUGCUGAUCAGUUUGCCAUCAGGCUGGUAAAUGGAACAGGCGUCUGUGAUGGAAGAUUAGAGAUAUUCCACAAGGAAUCCUGGGGGACAGUGUGUGAUGAUUCCUGGGACUUACCAGAUGCAAAUGUUGUUUGUCGGCAGCUCCAGUGUGAGACAGCUGUAAAUGCCAUAACCCCAGUCUCAUAUGGACCAGGAACUGGACACAUUUGGCUGGAUGAUGUGCACUGUCAGGGAAAUGAAUCGUUUCUGUGGAACUGUACACAUCAAGAAUGGGGACAACAUGACUGCAGGCAUAAGGAGGAUGUGGGAGUAAACUGUACAGGGUUCAAGAUACUGAGGUUAACCAAUGGCUGCUCUGGGCAGCUUCAGGUUUUCUAUAAUAACUCUUGGGGCAGCAUCUGUGCUAAUAAGAUGGAUGAGACUACUGCUAUGAUCAUUUGUCUUGAGCUGGGCUGUGGAACUCUAACGUCUACCAUUCAUGAAGAAGUAUCAAAUUUGGACCCUGAUCCAAAGUGGUUGGACAAUGUGAAAUGUAGAGGACAUGAAACUUCCAUUUGGCAGUGUCCCUCUUCACCCUUGGGUAAAAAUACAUGCACCAGGAGUGAAGUCGCACAUUUCUCAUGCUCAGGAGUUAUGAAAUUCAACACCAACAUCCCAAAGCCCUGUUCAGAGGACAUUGCUCAGGAGCACUGCUCAGAGCCAACAGAUUUAAGACUGGUUGGAGAAACUAAUAACUGUUCGGGGCGAGUAGAAGUAAAGUAUGGAGAUACAUGGGGCACAGUGUGUGAUGAUGACUGGGACCUGAAAGAUGUGCAGGUGGUCUGCCGACAACUUCUCUGCGGGGAAGCAGUGAGUGCAAAACUGGAAUUUGGUGGAGGAAGUGGUGUCAUCUGGCUAAACAAAGUGAAGUGCAGGGGCACCGAGACCCACCUGUGGGACUGCCAACAUGAACCACUAGGAAAGAAUGACUGUGAGCACAAGGAGGAUGCAGGAGUGAACUGCACAGGAUUGACACAGGAUAACAAGUCUCCAAUACCAAAAGAAGUUCCCAACAUCAAGGGUUCCAAAGAGCAGCCCUUUCUUAUGAUUGUCUGUAUUAUACUCGGAGCUCUUCUUUUCCUCAUAUUUGUCAUACUGAUUGGGCAACUUCAAAGAAAUAGAACACUAAAAAAAGGAAUGGCCAUGGAUGAACUUCUUCCCAUCAAUAAUGCAGUCUAUGAGGAAAUUGAGUACAAACUGGCCAGACAGGGGACUUAUGGAGCACCAAGGAAAGGGAGCUUUCUAUCUGAUGAGCUACCAUAUGACUACGAGGACAUUGAGGACGAUGACCAAGGCCAUGUUCUAGGUGGGAAACUAGCUUCUUUGGAGGCUGAUGGCCCUGGCUACUAUGAUGAUACUGCAAUAGAAGAAAAUGAAGACCUACCAGAAAACAGAUCUAAUAAUGAGCUGCCUUACAGUUAUGAUGAUGUUGAGGAUCCUUUAGAAAACACAGAAAUAGAUUCUCAUGGUGCCGUGGAGUACACUUCACCUCCUGAAUAUGAUGAUAUUGAGCAUGAACAAAGCCAUUAUGUUAAGGAUAAUCAGGAUGUGAGGCUGAUGGAUGGAGGCAGGGCCUGUGAAGGGAGAGUGGAGGUGUUUUAUAAUGAAGAGUGGGGCACAGUGUGUGAUGACGAAUGGGACCUGAAUGAUGCUGUCGUGGUGUGCAGACAGCUGGGCUGUGGAGAUGCUCUGUUAGCACCAACCUUGGCUCACUUUGGAGAGGGAUCUGGGGAAAUUGUGCUGGAUGAUGUUUCCUGCACUGGGGAGGAGUCAGCUCUGAAUAUGUGUGCAUCAAGUGGGUGGGGUUCCUCUGACUGUAAUCACUAUGAAGAUGCUAGCGUGGUGUGCUCAGGAAUGAUUUUGCUAAAUGGCAGCAGUCCAUGCUCUGGAAGACUGGAAGUGUUUCAUCAGAGUGUCUGUGAAGCUAACUUUGAUCAGAUGGCUGCAGAGGUAGUCUGCCGGGAGCUUAAAUGUGGAGCUCCAAAACAAUUUGGCGGAGGCAUGUUUGGUCAAGGAAGUGAUUCAGUUUUGCUAAGAAAAGUCCAGUGUGUUGGAGAUGAAACUCAAAUUAUUAACUGUAUAUCCCCUAACAGCACAGCAGACAGUUGCACCAGAAGGAAUCAUGUGGGCAUUGUUUGUGUUCCUUACAGACUGGUAAAUGGCUCCAACUCCUGUUCUGGUCGAGUUGAAUUUUACUACAACGGGCAGUGGGGGACAGUCUGUGACCACUAUUGGGACUUGCAGGAUGCCAAUGUUUUCUGCAACCAGAUAGGCUGUGGAUAUGCAAUUAAAGCCCCUGGACAGGCCAGGUUUGGAGAAGGACAUGGUGAAAUCUGGAGAGAUAAUCUUCAAUGUGAGGGCAAUGAAGCUGACCUGACGAAGUGCCCAGUUCUUGAUUAUGGGAGGGAGGAGUGCACACAUAGGAAUGAUGCUGGAAUUAUUUGUUCUGUCCAGAAUUUUGGUGUCAGACUGUAUGGUGGUCCUAGCCGCUGUGAAGGAUGGGUAGAAGUUUAUUACAAUGGGAUCUGGGUGAAAGUGGCUACACAAUCCUGGAGUGAUAGAGAUGCCUCAGUUGUAUGUCGACAACUUCAGUGCGGUUCUAGGACUCAAACACCAAAUUCCUCAGAGUACAUGAAAAGAAACAGAACUUUGUGUCUAAAAGGCUUUGAAUGUCUUGGGAAUGAAAAACAUCUGGGGAACUGCAGCCAUCCACAGGAAGAUGAAUGUAGAAAAAACAUUGAUGCUGCGGUUGCCUGCACUGAUUACUUUGCCCUUAGGCUUGUUGAUGGAAGAGGUAUUUGUGAUGGAAGACUGGAGAUUUUCCACAAUGGAUCCUGGGGGACAGUGUGCGAUGACUCCUGGGACAUACCAGAUGCCAAUGUAGUUUGUCGUCAGCUGCAAUGUGAGGCGGCUCCAAAUAUCUUAACAUCAGUCUCAUAUGGACCAGGAAGUGGAUACAUUUGGCUGGAUGAAGUGCAUUGUCAGGGGAAUGAAUCAUCACUGCAGAACUGUGGACAUCAAACUUGGGGGCAGCAUGACUGUAAGCAUAAGGAGGAUGUGGGAGUGAACUGUACAGAAUUCAAGGUCCUGAGGUUAACAAAUGGCUGCUCUGGACAACUUCAGGUUUUCUAUAACAAUUCUUGGGGCAGCGUAUGUGCUAAUGGCAUGGAUAAGACCACUACUACCAUGAUCUGUCAAGAAUUAGGAUGUGGAAAUCUUAGUUCUUCCAUUACAGACGAAUCAUCAAGGCUGGAUCCUGAUCCAAAAUGGCUGGACAAUGUGAAAUGUAGAGGACAUGAGUUAUCUAUCUGGCAGUGCCCCUCUUCACCCUGGGGUAAAAACAAAUGCUCCAUGAAUGAAGUAGCAGCAUUCACUUGUUGGGGAAAUAAUACAGUCAACACCAGCCACCCAAAGUCUUGUUCAGAGGACUUCACUCAGGAGCGCUGUUCAGAGCCACAGAAAUUAAGACUGGUUGGAGGAACAAGUAAUUGUUCAGGGAGAGUGGAGCUGCUGUUUGGAGACAUAUGGGGCACAGUGUGUGAUGACGACUGGGACCUGAAGGAUGCACAGGUGGUCUGUCGACAACUUGGCUGCAGAGAAGCAGUGAGUGCAGAUAUGGAGUUUGGCGGAGGAAACGGUGUCAUCUGGCUAAACAAAGUCAAGUGCCGGGGCACCGAGACUCAUUUGUGGUUCUGUCAACAUGACCCACUGGGAAGGAAUGACUGUGAGCACAAAGAGGAUGCAGGAGUGAACUGCACAGGUUUUGAAUCUGAUUUCAAGGCCCAAAUAUCAAAAGAAGUCCCCAUUGUGAAGACUUCCAAAGAGCAGUCCAUUCUAGUGAUUGUCUGUAUUGUACUUGGCGCACUUCUCUUUCUAUUAUUAGUUCUACUGGUUGGACAACUGCAAAGAAAUAGAAUGCUGAAAAAAGGAAUGGCCAUGGAUGAACUUCUUCCCAUCCAUAAUGCAGUCUAUGAGGAAAUUGAGUACAAAUUGGCUAGACAGAGAACUUAUAAUGCACCCAGGAAAGGGAGCUUUCUAUCGGAUGAGCUUCCAUAUGACUAUGAGGGCAUUGAAGAGGGUGACCAAGACCAUGUUCUAGGUAUGAAAGUUGCCUCUUUGGAUGAUGAGAUUCCUGGUUAUUAUGAUGAUACAGCAGUUGAAAAAACUGAAGACCUGUCAGAAAAAAUCCCCCUUGAUGAGCUGCCUAACAGCUAUGAUGAUGUUGAGGAACCCUUGGAAAACUCCAAUAUAGAUUCUUAUGCUGGCAUGGAGUACCCAUUGUCUCCUGAAUAUGAUGAUAUUGAGGAUGAGCCUGUUGGCGAAAAAUCACUCUAA